AAAGUAACUCAUAAUUGUUAAAAAAUGACAGACAAUGGAGUUAGUCAUGAUAGUUAUCAAAACAUGAUUGUCACUGGCAUAGAGUACUGGUAAUUAAACUUAGAUAUAAGUUUGUUAUCACUACAUCAAGGAAAAUAAAAAAAUAAUAAAUGUGAUACGUGAUUUUUGUAAUAUGGGGCGAGUUAAUUUUUUAAAUGUCAUUGCGGCGAUUUAUUGUUUAACAUGGCAAAAUAUAGUGUAUGGUGGUUAUGUCAAAUUGACCCACGAUGGACCAACUGUCCAAGGUGGAAUAAUAACUUUUCAAGCUGAUCUUUAUUACAGUGACGGUACCAGACCGUCUGGUACCUUUGCUUACUUUUGGAGAGAUAACGCAGUGCCUCCGCAUACAUACGAGUCGCAAUCGACAGAAAAUACGACAAGUAUUUGGAGAGUGCAAUAUCCAGCAGACCUAUAUCCAGUAGGAGAGUAUACUGUUGAAGUUAAAGUAGAGCGUGAAAUACUUAUCAUCUUUUGGCCAAAAAUUACCAGUCAGCAUAAAACAUUUGAAAUAACUCCUCUACUUAAUGGUAACUUGACAAUAGAACAGCCUAAUAACACAGCAACAAAUGAAUAUAUAUCAUCUGCUUCUGAAGCGGAAAUACUGAUUAAAUUACGUAAAGGUGACACUGAUUAUAUCGAAGCAAAUGCUACUGCGAUAACGACAUACUGGUUUGUUGAUUGCAAAUAUUAUGGACAGACUAAUGAUCUUAGUUUUCGUUUCAACUUUACAAAACCCGAGACAGAGGCGUCAUUAGAAGCUUUGGUGGUAGCUUCGUAUGAUCCUCCUACAACUGUUGCUCCUACGACGAGCACAACAACAACAACAACAACUACUACUACUUCAGCACCACCAUCCAAUGGAACCAUUCCAUCAAAUAGUACCACUACGACUACAACUACGACUACUCCCAAAUCAAUCGUUACGACGACACUUAAGCCAACAGUAACAACUCCAAGCACGAACUCAUCAACAAAUGCUACUAUUGGCUUUAAAAAUAUUUCUUUACCGUAUGUUUGUGUAAAUACGUCGCUAGUUCCUCCGGAUCCCAAGAAAACAUACGGAUAUUUCCAAAGACAAAUAAAAGUGAGAGGUAUCGUAUAGUGAGGAUAUAUUAAUA